UGGGGAUUUUGGGCACGCGCGCUCUCUGAUUGGUUACUGGUGUGAACCCGGGGGCGAUGCGCAGAGUCAGCGCUGUAGUGCGGCGGUGCGGGAGGAGCGUGCGGCGUGUUUCCGAGUCCGUGUGAUUGGUCGCUGUUUUUCUAACCGGUCCUGCGUACCCCACAGGGAGUGACGGAUCGGCAGUAGUGGAGCGGGCGGUUAAAUAAACACGGCGAUGGAAGCCGAGUUUCGGGAAAUUGAUGAAUCCGAGAACUGGAACGCCAUUUACCAGGAAAUCAGACAACAGUCAAGUGAACUGCCGUGCAAGGUUGCCAAACUUCCAGAAAACAGAAGCCGCAAUCGCUACAGAGAUGUCAGCCCAUUUGACCACAGUCGAAUUCAUCUUCAGCUCGGCAGCAACGACUACAUCAAUGCCAGUCUGAUCUCCAUGGAGGAGGCGCGGAGAAGCUACAUUCUCACUCAGGGUCCUUUACCUACCACAUGUGGGCAUUUCUGGGAGAUGGUGUGGGAGCAGAGGACUCGUGGAGUAGUCAUGCUGAACCGUGUCAUAGAGAAGGGCUCGGUGAAAUGUGCGCAGUACUGGCCACAGAGGGAGGAGCGAGAAGCCAUUUUCGAGGACACAAACUUCAAGCUUACUCUUGUCUCGGAGGACGUGAAAUCGUACUAUACAGUCCGGCAGCUGGAGCUGGAGAAUCUUUCAACUCAGGAAACCAGAGAGAUUCUUCAUUUUCACUACACCACCUGGCCUGACUUCGGAGUGCCCGAGUCUCCUGCCUCUUUCCUCAACUUCCUGUUCAAGGUGCGAGAGUCAGGCUGUCUAAACUCAGAUCAAGGGCCUGUGGUGGUCCACUGCAGCGCUGGCAUCGGUCGCUCCGGAACCUUCUGCCUUGUAGACACCUGCCUCCUACUGAUGUCUCUGCGGAAAGACCCAUCUUCAGUCCAGAUCAAGGAUGUUCUCCUGGAGAUGAGGGGGUACCGGAUGGGUCUAAUCCAAACAGCAGACCAGCUCCGAUUCUCCUACCUCGCCGUCAUAGAGGGUGCUAAGUGCAUCAUGGGAGACACUUCUAUCCAGGAGUCAUGGAAGGAAUUGUCAAAUGAGGAAGAUCCUCCCCCAGAGUUCACUCCCCCUCCUAGGCCACGUCCACCAAAGCCUCCCUACAACGGACCCCAGUCCACGCCCCAGUUUUUCCCUGAGGAUGAUAUUAUACAGGCCAAAAACGUCAUCUACACACACAGUGCUCCUUCAGAACCGGAGUUUCGCAGACGGACGGUGGCAACACUAGCGGCUUCAGCACCAGCGGAGUUUGAGACGCCAACACUGCCCACCGACGAGCCUGAUGAUGCCAGCGCCCCGAAGCCAAGCGACCCGGUCACCACAACGACAGAAGCGCCGCCCAAACCGUCAAGGUCACCACCAGAGAAAAGGCCUGUGGGACAGUGGAACCCCCUGCUGGUUAGCGUGUGUCUGUGCACGCUGUCUGUAGCCAGUGUAGUUGCUCUGGGAACAUACUGUUACCGCACUUACUUUCACUGAUGAUUUUUAUCUCUCUGUCUCUCUCUUUUACUCUCUCUCUGUCUGUCUUCCUGCUUCUCUAGCUCACUCUCUCUCUCUCUCUCUCUCUCUCUCUCUCUCUCUCUCUCUCUCUCUCUCUCUCUCUCUCUGUCCCUCCCUCUGUCUGUUGUUAGUGUGAGGUUGGCCGAAUAGAUUCUACUGGCCAGCCAGCUCUCUCUACCUCCUUUGAGAGAGAAAGAGAGAGAAUUAGAUGAAAGAGAUGGGGGAGAGAGAGAGAGAUUGAGAGGGACAGACACCUGCCAUCAAGCCCUGUCUCUCUUAGUUUCAAAAUUUUCCCCACUUCUUUUCCCUACACAGUUUGGGGAAGGAUGUAGAGAAAAGACUUUCUUAGGCAAACUGCUGUACCCUAUUACACGACACAAACACACCACACACACAAGCAGUCUGUCUGUUCGAUAGCUCAGGGCCUCACAUUUCAGGUGUCCCCCAAAUAUGACAUCCAGGUUUUACUUAUCCAAAUAAUCCCUUUUAUUAUUGCUGCAAUAAGCAAGGGAAUGUGUGUGUGUCUACUGUGUGUGUGUGUGUGUGUGUAUAUAGAGGAUGUCUGUUUUUGUGUCAGAGUAAUAGGUUGUGUGAAUACAUGUGUCACAGUUCAUGUCAACGUUUUGAGGAAAAAAAAAUCACUGCAGUUUGAGUACACCAUAACUGCCACACAUGGACUCCUGUGGCUUUGGCAAUCUGUUUAGCCUUUUCCAAAUAUACAGUGUUUGUUUCUCUUCUGUUUUUCUGCUAAGCUUUAAUGAUGCCCCUUGCAAAGCUCUGAGUUUUGUGUGUGUGACGUGUGAGUGGGGAGAGGAGGGAGUGGUAUCGAGUCCACUCUGAAAGCAAUCUUGCCAGCCAUGAAAUAAAGGUUUAUGUUCUUCCUGCCCAAUGCAAGGGCUCACAUUUGCACUUAGCCUGUUCUGAAAACGAAACAUCAUAAUUGAAAUAUCUUGAUCAAAGAUAAGACACCAGCGUGUCCAUCCUACUCAUUUGCAUGGAUUUGCUUUAGUUCUUACAGAAACUCACGGAAUGUGGUGUUUUUGUUUCUCUACAUUGGAUUUUCUUCCAUUUUUUUUCCCACUUUUUUUUUUAUACAACUUGUCCAAUUUUCCAUCCAUCUUGUAAACAUUGGAUCAACAUAUUCAGGGACAUUCACCUCGUUUGUAUGCUGUAGUCCAGCUCCCUGAAAGCUUUUCUGGCUCAGACCCAUGUCAUGUCUUGGGAAGGGGGACGGGGGGGGGGGGGGGGGGGAUGUUCUGAACGUUACUUAAACGUUAUUUCAGGGUUAUGACUCUGUAACCUUUGCAGGCCGCAUUUACGCACAAAACCACCAGGUCCCCCAAUGAGGACAUGCCCUGGCUUGAUACCAAACCCAGUUCUGCAUUUGCAAUCAUAGCACAUUGGAGGUAGUGUAAAAAUGUUUAUAAAGCUUUAACUUCAACGCAUCAUAUAGCCACCAGGAGGCAGCAUUGAGUUCUGCUUAUCAGGAAAAGCAUCCUUUUAAGGGGUUUGGUCAUCAUUUCCUCCUCUUCUUACUCCUUCCCUAGCAAUAUGUAAAUCCAUCUGUGUGUCUUAGAAAUGGCUGUUCUUGGGAUGCAGCUUGUAGUUUGUAAUGGCAGCUCCGACGUCUGGUUUCUUCGCCAAACGGCAACGUAGAUAAAUGAUUUUUUUCCCCUUCUGCUUGAGAGUAUAUGAUUUCCACUUCCCAUGUUUUGUUCUUUGUGACAACUUUUGGAUGUUCUGAAAGCCGUUUAGGAAUUUGUGUCAUUUGUAUACUCCAGACAACCUAAAAUGAAUAAAAUUAAAUAUGAUAAAACAUGGAAAUAAAAAAGAAAUGGUGCGAGUAAUAUGCUUUGGUCAUCCCUGCAGUUUUCUGCUCAGCUGUGUGAAUAAAACAUAAGUUUUGCUCAUUGUUGGUUAAUCUGGAACAGUUGUUUGAGAGAGUCAUGGGUGGUUUUUCGUUGUUGUCUAAAUUCCAAUUUACGCAUAUAUCUCUUUAAAUGAUAAAACAUUGGAAUAAAUUAAACCAGACAUUAAUGACUGAAUUGAAAUGGGCAUGGAUUAAAGCAGGAGUCUAAUCAGUUUAGACGUACAUUGGGGGGGGUCCCCCUUCAAUAUGUUUUCUUUCAAUGAACUCGGUCUUUUGUACCUUUUUUUUUUUGUGUGUAGCUGCCUCUUUCUAAUCAGUCCAAUAAGACUUUUGAUUGUAUUUCUUCUCUCUGCUGGGAAAAAAUGAUUGUGUUCAUCCACUGCAGCUCUACCUUUUGGAUUCAUGGUUCGAGUGCUAAGGUCCAGUUUAAUCUAGUCCCCAUUACACAAUGCCCAGUUCUUGUGUCCUGUUCUGUGUCCUCUAGAAUGUAAUAACCUCUUCAUGGACGUCCUCUUGUUAUACCUGUUAUAAUAGGUUGCUUUGUGCCAGGUAUAGCACUUGAGUGUGUGAGUGUGUAUGCCAAUGUGUGAUUUAUAUUUUUGGACUGACAAACUAAAAUAAACAAAAAACCCCCCACCUUUUUGGCAUCUUUUUUUAAUGGUUAUGUCAUCUUACUUUUUUUUUUUUUUUUUUUUUAAAAAAAAAAAAAAAAAAAAAAGGGGAAAAAAACUACUGCUUUGUUGUGGUUGGAUCUGAUUUGCAUUGGAGAAUUUUUUUUGUGCUUUUUUUUAUCUUAAGACUGAAAAACAAACGUGUUAAUAAAAUCAUAUGUCUUACA